AGAUGGGGGCGGAAGGACCUGAGGCACACGGGCUUUCGCCUGUUGUGUUUGAGGGAAGUGUUGGGGUGAGGCCGGGUAGCAUCACUCACUUAAGUCGAGGGAGGAGCUUUGAGCCCUGCCUAGAAUUAAGGUAAAGACCCGGAGUUAGGUGUGAGGGGACCACCCACCCCACACUAGAGGGGCUCCCAGAGAGUUAUUCUCCUGCUUUCAGCUCCGAUAGAACAAAGACAGGAAUCGUGGGAGGUAGCGACCUCUGAGUACCUUCUAAAUGCCCCCCAAGGAGACUGAGCCGGUAAGGGUAUUGGACCAGGGUGCGGGCUUCAGACCAGCAGAGGGAGAGUUCCCAGCCUCUAAUAAGAGUGAAAGGGAAGACCCUGAGUGAGAUCUGAGCCGACCCCCGAACCCCCGAGCAGAGGGGCCUCACAGAGCCCUCGCCAUACACUCAGUCCUGAAAAGCUAAGGUGAAUGAAGGUGCAUUGAUGCAAGGAACCCUGACUUCUGCCUCUGGUGUCUCAGGGAAGUGAAUGCCUUGGAAUGGGAGCAGAGUGAUGUCAAGUCAGUAGUAGCAGGAUGAUUUCCAGACCCUGUUAGGGGUUAAAGUGAGAAUAUUGAGUGAGGUCUCAGGGAACAACCCACCCCUAACAAAGGGAGCUUCACAAAGCCGCACCCCUGCUGUCAGCCCUGGGAGGCUUUGGGCAAGGCACUCCCUCAUGUUGUACUUAUCGGGGGCUGGGUGGGAGGGUGAUCGGGGAGAUGAGGUCUUUAGUCUGAGAGGGGCAGCUUUGUGGCAUUAGAGGGAGGAGGCCCAUAGUCUUCUGGAAGUCUGUGUGUGGACACUGAGUAAGGACUGAGAGGACUACCCACCCCGGAACAGCAGGGAGUCACAGAGCCCUAUCCAGACCUUCAAACCUGAGUGAACCUGAAGGAGAUAUAUUAGGCUGUGGUCUGCCAAAUAUUCUCAUUAGGGCUUUCAAGGAUGUGAAGGCUUUGCCCAGAGGAGAUCGCUCUAAAGUCAGCAGAGGGAGGAGUCCCAGGCCUUAGCAAAAGCAAAGGUCACAGAGCUCACGUGUCUAACUGUCUACUACCCUGUCUUAAGUCAUCAUGCCUCGGGGUCAAAAGAGUAAGCUUCGUGCCCGUGAGAAACGCCGUCAGGCUCGAGAAGAGCCAGAGCCUCUGAUGGGUGCUCAAGCCACUGCAAGAGUGGGAAGAGAAUGUUCCUCCUCUUCCUCUGCUCAUUUCAGGAGUACCAUCCAGAGCUCAAUUGCUGCCAAGACAACCAGCAAUCCCCACGGGCCUCAGAGAGCCACAUGCACCACCACUACUGCUGCAGCUGUUUCAUAUGUAAGAUCUAAUGAAAGCACCAACAACCAAACGGAGGAAAGACCAAGAUCCUCACAGGCCCUGGCUGCCAAUGAGCACAUGACCAGAAGCCCUCUAGAUGAGAAGGUGUUUAUUUUGGUGCAUUACCUUCUGUACAAGUAUCAAAUGAAAGAGCUUAUUAUAAAGGCAGCUAUGCUGAAAGAUAUAGUCCAAAUUCCCAGGAGAUACUUCAGUGAGAUCCUGGGGAAAGUUUCAUAUCACCUGGAGAUGGUCUUUGGACUUGACCUGAAGGAAAUGGAUCCAGAUAGGCACAUCUAUUUCCUUAUCAACACACUGGUACCAACCCAUGAUGCAAAGUUGAGUGAUGACAGACGUGUGCCCAGGACUGGCCUGCUGAUGACUAUCCUGGGUGUGAUCUUCACAAAUGGUAAUUGUGCCACUGAGGAACAAAUCUGGCAGGUAUUGAAUGUGAUGGGGUUAUAUGAGGGGAGAAGGCACUUCAUUUUUGGGGAGCCCAAGAAGAUCAUCACCCAAGAUUUUGUGAGAGAAAAUUACCUGCAGUAUCAGCAAGUACCCGACAGUGAUCCUCCGCGCUAUCAAUUUCUAUGGGGUCCACGAGCUCAUGUAGAAACCACCAAGAUGAAAGUCCUAGAGUUUUUAGCGAAGAUCCACAAUACUGUCCCCAGUGCCUUCCCAACCUGGUAUAAAGAGGCUUUGAGAGAUGAGGAAGAAAGAGCUCAAGUCAGACUUGCAGCAAGGGCUCACAUUAGGGCUGUGGCCAAUGCACGUUCCAAGGCCAUAUUUAGUAGAUUCUCCCACCCCUAGCAGAACUCAAGACAUUUUUCACCUUGUGGUUGAAAGGAAAAGUCCACAUUCUAAGCUGUGGAAGGUCAGGGUGGGACUGGAGGCAACACAGUGUAUAACAUGUUUGUUUUCUUGUUCUGUAAUAAGUUCCUGGAUAGUUUUUUCAAAAUAUUGUUCCUUUUAUCAGAAGGUUUGAGUAACUUUAGAAACUAAGUUUAUGAAUGACAUUACUUAAACAUUGCUGUGAAUGUAAGAGUAAGAGUUUUAUUAUUUUGUGAAACAAAUUAGGAACAUUCCAUUUUAGUUGUUUGAAACAAGAUAUGGCAGUAAAUUUGGUAUUUUUUUUUCGGAAAGGUGAAAGGACGCAGAAUUGUAAUAGUUGGGAUCAAAAGUGGAGAAAAAAUAAAAGACUGUAAAUUGUUGGUUUC